AUGCUUGGAAAACGUCUAGGAGAACAAAUUAGCCCGAAAAAUAUCGCAAAUUUAUGCAAAACUGGAUUACAACACCCAAUUAACGCUUCCGCUGUCAGUACUAGUGCAGUUACAGAUGUAGAUAAGGCGACUAGCAGAUUGCUAAAAGUCGUUUCCGCCUUUGAUAAGUCCACAAAGAGCUCGAUCAAAGUUUAUCAUCUACAGGAACUUGGGAAAUUGGUUGAUAAACACAAACAAACGGUAUUAGAUGAUAGGCUACAAAAGUUGAUUUCACAAAUAAAUCUCGACCUACACAUAUUAUCACCGGCACAGUUAGUGGCCGUGGCACUGGGAUAUAGAAAUAUUGGCUUUUGUAGGAAAAGUUACUGGAGUAAAUUAUGUUAUGAAGUUUACCGACAUGCCAAAAGUUAUACAUCAGGUAUCACUGGAAUUACCAGGGGCCAAGUUUCCAUGAUUUUGGGUUGCUAUGCCACUUUAUUCACUGAGCCAUUAAAACAGACAAAUGAUCUACUCAAAUGGAUUACAUAUGAUGUGGGAUCCCUUAAUGAGUAUGAUUAUGCAUCAGUUACUUAUUAUAUGUACAGAACCAAAAUGUCUAACAAUAGUAAUGAUGAAUUCAAUAUUAAAUGCUUGAAGGCUGUGACAAUGGGCUAUAUAGAAAAGUUACACCUAUUUUCACCCCAAAGUCUUGUAUGUGUAUUGAAUAACUAUUCAAAAAUGCAUUUAUUACCAUGGUACAUAAUAUUCCGCACUAACAAUCUACUAAAGUCAAAUAUCUCCAAACUAAGCUUUAAAGCUAUAGCCAUCCACUUACGUAGCCUUAUGAAUGUAAAAUUGAGAGAUUUAGGCCUGCUACACCGUGUUGCUAAGAGAUUGUCUAAAGAUCGUAGAUUGGCGUGGGCCGGGCCGCUAGAAUUGUCAACUAUGGUAUAUACAAUGGGUAGGCUUGGGUAUAGGAAUAGAGCAUUAUUAAAAGCAUUUAUUGAAACCAUUGGAAGAUCGAUUUUGGUUAUGAAUGAUGGGGAUUUGAUGAGAACAAUACACGGGUUUUCAAACUUGGGUGUGGCAACCCCCAGUUUAUGGGAUAAUAUUGCUCAAAUACUACAGAAAAAAAUAGAAACUCAAUCUCCCCAGCAUUUGGCAAUCAUUGCAUCAUCUUUUGGCAAAGUUGGAGUACUAGUGCCAGAGUUAUUUGACCUACUGAAGCACAAAUUUACAGAGUUAUCGACCGGAUUUACCUCGAGGCAAAUAAUAGCUUUACUGGAUAGCUGUGUUAUUUUGGGAUAUUAUGACGCUAAUUUUAUAUACCACUUGUUAAAUAGUUACCUGGAGUUACAUGAUGAUACACCUGACUUCAUUAAUUUACAACUGACAAGGAUUGCUUAUUCCAUAUUACUAGAGUCCCCGGAAACUCUAAAAACGGCGUCAAAUGCGGUUCAAACAUUCAUUAUAAACCAUUCGCAGCAUAAUGGAGAUCACAAUGCUAGUGAUUACAACAGUCAAAAAAUGGUUGAUUUUCAAAAUGAACUAAACAAAUUCAUAAUAGAAAACCAAGCCAUUACUAUAUUUAAUGAUGAUUUAAAAAUAAAUAGCUCAAUUGGUAUUUAUACGGUGCAUAUAAUGAGAAAUAAAAACAUAGUAGAUUUCUUGUCCAAAGGACAAUUAUGUCCUGUCACAGAAGUAUUGCUAGGCCCAGCAAUUCUUAAGGCUAGGCAUAUGAAACUGCUAGGUUAUAAAUAUCGCACAAUUAAUCGAUCAAUCUGGAAUUCACUAGUUCACAAGGAUAAGAUUGACAUGAUUAGUGAUGUUUUUGGCAAAAAUUCUUCCAUAUAA